AGUGGUGGUUUUGCCACUGACCGUUCCAAGGCGGUGCCCCACUGUGUUCCUGUAUUUGUUUGUUUUGUCCUUUGGUGUUUCAUUUUCUGUGUUGUUUGCGAGGGUUGUUCGUGUGUGUCUUUGGGGAGGCUGCGUGUUUUGAACGUGGCUUUCCAUGUUGGAUAUUCUUCCUUGUUUUAUAUAUAAGGUACUGCGUACCAUUAUAAUUUAUAAGUGUGCAGAAAGUCUCGACCGACAAAGUCAACGCUUUAUUGUUUGUUUAGCUGAUGAGACAGAUAUAAAUAAGAAUGGAGAAAUUAAACUGGAAGUGCUGGUUGUUGGCGUGUUCCACUGUAUGUGUAAUUGUGAUAGGCGGAGCCUUUCUAUUUGUGUAUCUCGCUCACAACAUAAAUAAGUCGGAAAGUAAAAACGAAGCCAAACCCGACACACAACAAAGCAGGAGAGUUUCUUACAUGCAUGGGCCUGAAACAAUGAACAAUCUUCAAAGUAAUGAAACACGGACAGGAAUAAAACCCACGACGCUGACAGACUCGCUCAGGCUGCAAAGUGAUAUAGAAUUGCUUUCCAACAGUCGUGUUACUACAACAUUAACAGUUAAAAAUGGGGAUCCAUAUGGAAUAUGGUUUACACCACAAUUUUGCCCAGAAGGAACGUUUGCAAAUGGAUUUAAUAUAAAGAAACGAACUGGGGAUGACACCGUGGCAAUCGAAAUCCGAUUUUCUUAUCGUGAUUUACAGUGGUUCCACCAUCCUCAUAAACUAGUAAGACCCAUAGCUGGAGUCGAAGGCGAAUACGGAAAAUGGAGUAAAAAGUGUCCGAAAGGCUCGGCAGUAUGUGGGAUUCAAACUCGAAUAGAGGGCCAUCUAUCAAAGGUCGAUAACACUGCUUUAAACAAUGUUCGUGUCUUUUGUUGUGACUCUAGUUAUAGUGAAAGUUGAAUGUUUCACUUUCUGUACAAUUUUGAUUACAAUUACGUGCUUGAAUCAGAACAGGAGUUAGAACGAAGUACUACGUGAUUUGUUAGCUAUUAACAUAAACUAUAUACAGUGGCGUCCUCACCAUUUUAUGUACUAUAAUUACAUAUCUGAUCUCAUAGUUCAUAAUCAAUAUUCAGUCGUAGGUAUAAUUAUAUAGUAGUCUUACAAAUUGCGUUCGAAAAUAAACAAAUCUACGCUUUAAGUAUUUAUGAAUGAUUUCCAAGUGGUGACUCAUAAUCAACAUUGUGUUUUAAUUUUAUCUAAAUAAAACAUGAUUGACAGAUACCAUAUUUGCCCAAACAAAUUCCAAGUAUAGCAUUUAUCUCAAUAAAUUUGGAUCGUUUGUAA